ACCUUCGACUUUAAGAUGUGCCCAACAAGAACAACAACAACUCAUCAGCUCAGUCUCAUUGUGGUGCUGCUCUUUGGCUGCCUGGCUGCCGAUGCUCAGCGCUGUCAGGACUAUCAGGAUACACAGCAGCAGACGUUGUCCUGCGGCGGACGAGCUCUGUGUGCCACAAACGGCCAUUGCUAUCGCCGCUUUAGCAACAUUUGUUGCCUCGAGGCACACAAUUUGCAGCGCAUGUUUGCAGGCCAAAAUGAAUUUAUCGUCGUGGAUAUGCAACACUGUUUGCCAGCGUCGACGUGGUACGACUACAGCAUACCCUAUAGUCCGCCACGCUUUGUGAACUAUGGCUAUGAAUCGCAAUAUGAUUAUGCCGCUCCUCCACAACGUCAGCCGCAGGUGUACAAUCCCUAUAGAUACCACAGUCAGCAGAUCUUUUCGCAGUCGAAUAGAGCAGGCGUUGCACACGCUUGGAAUCCUUAUGCAGCGCCUGCCUCGCAAUACGCCACAGGCCAAACGUCUGCGCCCAGUUAUUAUGUUCAAUUGCUCACCUCAACACCUAGCACAGCGUACACAACACCUUCCACAACACCUUCCACAACAGCUGAAACAACACCUUCCACAACUACUACUACGACUCCUGUCACAACUUCCUCUACAACAGAGUCCACAACACCUUCUACAACGCCUUCAACAACACCUUCAACAACGCCUUCUACAACGCCUUCAACAACGCCUUCAACAACGCCUUCAACAACGCCUUCAACAACUCCUUCAACAACGCCUUCAACAACGCCUUCCACAACGCCUUCAACAACGCCUUCAACAACUCCUUCAACAACGCCUUCAACAACGCCUUCCACAAUGCCUUCAACAACGCCUUCAACAACACCUUCAACAACACCUUCAACAACGCCUUCAACAACGCCUUCAACAACGCCUUCAACAACGCCUUCAACAACGCCUUCAACAACGCCUUCAACGACGCCUUCAACAACGCCUUCAACAACGCCUUCAACAACGACUUCAACAACGUCUUUCACAACGCCUUUCACAACGCCAUCUACAACGCCUUUCACUAUAAUAUUCCCAACUAUUCCUAAUUUGUUUGAAGCUAAGGUUGCAGUUGUUGCCGAAGACAUCGAAAAGGGCGAUGCAGCUAUCGAUUCUGUUGCAGAUGAAAUCGAAUCUGAUGCGGCAUCACUUGGCAAAAAAAGGCCAACUACACCGAAAACAACAACGACUACAUUAAAAACGACUACUCCUAAGACAACAAGAGCUACUUGUGAACAUACAUCUAUAACAACUUCCACUACGCCCUCCACAACAGCACCCACGACACCUUCCACUACGCCCUCCACAACAGCACCCACGACACCUUCCACAACACCUUUCACAACUCCAUUCACAACACCAUCCACUACACCUGCCACAACACCUUCCACAACUCAAUCAACGACACCAUCCACAACACCCUCCACAACACCUUCGACAACACCCUCGACAACACCAUCCACAACACCCUCUACAACACCCUCCACAACACCUUCUACAACACCUUCCAUAACACCUUCGACAACACCCUCCACAACACCAUCCACAACACCUUCUACAACACCCUCUACAACACCCUCUACAACACCCUCUACAACACCCUCUACAACACCCUCUACAACACCCUCUACAACACCUUCUACAACACCUGCAACAACACCCUCUACAACACCCCCUACAACACCUUCCACAACACCUUCUACAACACCUUCCACAUCACCUUCAACAACACCCUCUACAACACCUUCGACAACACCUUCUACAACACCUUCAACAACACCUUCCACAUCACCUUCAACAACACCCUCUACAACACCUUCCACAGCACCUUCAACAACACCUUCUACAACACCUUCAACAACACCUUCCACAUCACCUUCAACAACACCCUCUACAACACCCUCUACAACACCUUCUACAACACCUUCAACAACACCUUCCACAACACCUUCUACAACACCUUCAACAACACCUUCCACAACACCCUCUACAACACCUUCAACAACACCUUCCACAACAACUUCGACAACACCUUCAACAACAUCCUCUACAACACCUUCAACAACACCUUCCACAACACUUUCGACAACACCUUCAACAACAUCCUCUACAACACCGUCAACUACUCCAUUAACCACCGCUUCAACAACAACACCAUCCACUCCAUCACCAAUUGAUGCCAAUAUUCUAGCGACCAUGGUCAUUACAAGUUUCGACGGUCAGGUUUUGAGACUAUCGCUGACAAAGCAAGUGAUCGAUCCCAUCAACGGCAACAAGACAUGUGUGGCGACAACAACACUGCUGAUAACAACCAAGGAGUGUCCAACGCCACAGCUGCUCACUGGCUGCUUGAUGAGCACCUCAACAAGUGCCACAACAACGACAACGACGAGAACACCAACAACAACAUCAAGAAAUUCCGCUUCCUCUUCUCCAGUGUAUUAUCCAACUCGGGCGAACCCCGCCAUCGAAACAGCGUAUAGAACACCUAUACAUAAACCGUAUAGCUAUCGUUAUGGCUAUGCCUAUGACACUAAUUAUGGUCUUGACACUCCCUCUAGUUCCGCUUCCCGUUCCUAUCCAAACGAUGAUGCAUAUGCUUCGGCUUCGGCUUCCGCCUCGGCUGCGGCUUCUGCUUCGGCUUCGGCGGCUUCCCCCUUUGUCUGGUCGCCCAAUUACUCAUUAUCAUUCGCAUCAACCUGUGAAACAUCCCCCGUAAUGUUGUUAUUCCAUUUGUUGUGCUUUCUGUGCGUCCUUUCAGUCGGCUGGAGCUAUGGUGGUUAUGGAGCACCCGAUUACUAUUCUUCAUCUUGUGAUCAUAUCGUCUGUCCGACGACCAAAAGUGAAGUUUGCGCCAAGUCACGCAUGACAAAUCAGGAGGCGACAUUUGACAACGAAUGCGCAGUACGACACUACAGCUGUCUCUAUGUGGAAUCUUGGCAAAUCAUUAAUCUGGGAUCCUGCGAGUGUCCCACGCAGUGCUUCAGCAGAUGUAAACCGAUUUGCGCCGCAUUGGGCGAAGAACUGCGAACUUUUAACAGCAGCUGCGAGCUACGACAAUAUAGAUGCUUUUCCGAUGAACCUUGGAUUCAAGUAACGAAUGAACACUGUGGCCUGCCAAAUCCUUUCUAUGGUUCACCGCCCUACGGAUAUCAGCCUUAUGCUGCGCCUCCAGUUUAUGGACAACAGCCACCUGCAUUUGGUCCUCCUUUGCCAUUGACGUACCACAAUGCAGGCUACUACAAUCCCCAACCGAAUACGAAUGCGCAAUCUCAACAACUACCGUAUCACGUGUACAUCUCAAGAGAUUCGCUGCCCACCGAAUCAAUGGAUGCAUUUGGCUACACAACAUCGACUUCAACUCCAUCUUCAACAACAGUGUCAUCGACAACACCAACGACAACUACCUCGACUACACCUUCGACUACGCCUUCGACUACGCCUUCGACUACUCCUUCGACUACGCCUUCGACUACUGCAUCGACACCAGAUUCAACUACACCUUCAACAACAACAACCACGACCUCAGAUACAGCUUCGACUACAGAUACAGGCUCCGGAGACUCCGGUUUAGGCGAAUCCAAGCUGAAAGUUGAAAGUUUCAGGUUAAAUGUGGCAAAUGAUGCUGCAACAGAUCCAACAACAGUGUUGACAACGGAGUCCACAACACCUUCGACUACAGUUUCCACAACGGAUUCAACAACAGAUUCAACAAACGUAUCCACAACAGAUUCUACAACAGUGUCCACCACACCUUCGACCACAGCGUCGACUACAGCUUCCACAACAGAUUCAACAACACAAUCCACAACGGAGUCCACAACACCCUCGACUACAGCAUCCACUGCAGAAUCUACUACAGCAUCCACAACAGAUUCAACAACAGUAUCCACAACGGAGUCUACAUCACCUUCGACUACAGUUUCCACAACGGAAUCAACAUCUGUUUCCACAACAGAGUCCACAACACCUUCAACUACAGCAUCCACAACAGAUUCAACAACAGUAUCCACAACGGAGUCCACAACACCUUCGACUACAGUUUCCACAACGGAUUCAACAGCUGUAUCCACAAAAGAUUCUACAACAGUGUCCACCACACCUUCGACCACAGCAUCAACUACAGUAUCCACAACAGAUUCAACAACAGUAUCCACAACGGAGUCCACAACACCUUCGACUACAGUUUCCACAACGGAAUCAACAUCUGUUUCCACAACAGAGUCCACAACACCUUCAACUACAGCAUCCACAACAGAUUCAACAACAGUAUCCACAACGGAGUCCACAACACCUUCAACUACAGCUUCCACAACAGAUUCAACAACAGUAUCCACAACAGAGUCCACAACACCCUCGACUACAGCAUCCACUGCAGAAUCAACUACAGCAUCCACAACAGAUUCAACAACAGUAUCCACAACGGAGUCCACAACACCUUCUACUACAGUUUCCACAACGGAAUCAACAACUGUAUCCACAGCAGAGUCCACAACACCUUCAACUACAGCAUCCACAACGGAUUCAACAACUGUAUCCACAACGGAGUCCACAACACCUUCAACUACAGCAUCCACAACGGAUUCAACAACUGUAUCCACAACAGAUUCUACAACAGCAUCGACUACAGCUUCCACAACAGAUUCAACAACAGUAUCCACAACAGAGUCCACAACACCCUCGACUACAGCAUCCACUGCAGAAUCAACUACAGCAUCCACAACAGAUUCAACAACAGUAUCCACAACGGAGUCCACAACACCUUCGACUACAGUUUCCACAACGGAUUCAACAGCUGUAUCCACAACAGAUUCUACAACAGUGUCCACCACACCUUCGACCACACCUUCAAUUACAGCUUCCACAACAGAUUCAACAACAAUAUCCACAACGGCGUCAACAACACCUUCAACUACAGCAUCCACAACGGAUUCAACAACUGUAUCCACAACAGAUUCUACAACAGCAUCGACUACAGCUUCCACAACAGAUUCAACAACAGUAUCCACAACAGAGUCCACAACACCCUCGACUACAGCAUCCACUGCAGAAUCAACUACAGCAUCCUCAACAGAUUCCACAACAGUAUCCACAACGGAGUCCACAACACCUUCGACUACAGUGUCCACAACGGAUUCAACAACUGUAUCCACAACAGAUUCUACAACAGAGUCCACCACACCUUCGACCACAGCAUCGACUACAGCUUCAACAACAGUAUCCACAACGGCGUCCACAACACCUUCGACUACAGUUUCCACAACGGAUUCAACAACUGUGUCCACAACAGAUUCUACAACAGAGUCCACCACACCUUCGACCACAGCAUCGUCUACAGCUUCCACAACAGUAUCCACAACGGCGUCCACAACACCUUCGACUACAGUUUCCACAACGGAAUCAACAACUGUAUCCACAACAGAGUCCACAACACCUUCAACUACAGCAUCCACAAUAGAUUCAACAACAGUAUCCACAACGGAGUCAACAACACCUUCGACUACAGUUUCCACAACGGAUUCAACAACUGCAUCCACAACAGAUUCUACAACAGUGUCCACCACACCUUCGACCACACCUUCGACCACAGCAUCGACUACAGCUUCCACAACAGAUUCAACAACAGUAUCCACAACAGAUUCCACAACACCUUCGACUACAGCAUCCACUACAGAAUCGACUACAGUUUCCACAACGGCUUCAACAACAUUAUCCACAACUGACUUAACUACGGAGUCAACGACAGACACAAUUACAACUUCAACGACACCUUCAAGUUCCAAUGUACAAUUGAAACGAUUGAGCAAGAAUAUAGCAAUCAGUAUUACAAAUACGACAACCACACCUGCAACAGCAACAGACUCAACAACGCCAGCAACAACAACAUCAUCGACAAUUGCAAGAAUACAAUCGACUGCGUCUUCAACACCAACUCCCGAAUUUCAGGUAAUGAGAAUGAGCGAAUCGCAAGAUGCGGCAGCAUUAAUACCAUCGACAGCUUCAAGGGAAUUGACUAUAAGAGGACAUAAAAUCCAUUUGCCAGAACAAGAUGUUGCAAUAAUUCUAAUUCCGUAGGGAAACACUCAACAAUAAUUAUAAGCAACGAUUCACAUUAAAACACUAAGAACCAAACUCUUUAAAAUUGUAAAAGCGAAAGCAAUAUUGUUACUCUCAUCAUAUAAUAAUAAUCGAAUAUUUCAAUUAAUGAAGUUUGUCUGACGUCUUCUCAUCAGAAUUUUCCCAUCAUUUAAUCAUCUAAUGGCUUAUCGUGGUCAUUAUUUCAUAAUAAUCAGGUUUAGAGCACACAAAAGCUCGUUUUUUGAUUGAGAGAUUGGUUUUUGGGUUCCAUUUUAGGCGGUGUAUUGUAUGCCUCCAUCUCUUAAAACGUUGUUUAUAAAUUCGGUAUUUAAUUGCCAAUUGUCUCAAUUUUCUUUUUAGAAUCCUUCGCACGCUUAAAUACU